AUGGAGGAAAGCCUCCUCUUUGAUUAUGCGGGAAAAAAUGAUCCCUCGUGGGCAGAAGAGGAGGAGGAGGAGGAGGAGGUGGUGGUGGUGGUAGUAGUGGUGGUGGAAGCAAGGCGGAAACACGAGAAUGGAGAGUGGGAUGGAUUAUGCAUGCUUCCACUUUCACUUGUGGACAAACCCGGUGAGUGA